AUGGACAACAAGGAGGAGUUUUGUAAGAACGGCGGCAUGCAGCUCAUGUACGAGCGCUUGUCCGCAGGCACAAAGAAGACCUAUGAGUCCUCCUUAAAGAAGUGGCACUUAUGGCGCACCGACGACGAGGCUGAGGAAAACGAUCUUAUGGAAUUUGUCUACUGGGCUGGCAUAGGCCAUGGAUACAAGCAUUCCACCCUUCAUGUGUGUCUAUAUGCACUCAGGUUUGCACACCUGGUCGCAGAUGGCAGGGAUAUUCUCAAGGACAAGUUGCGACUUAAGAUGGCCAUGGCUGGCUUGAAGCGUCGACAGAAGUCCCCCAAGCGCAAGCAUCCGGUGACAGUGGCACAUAUUAAGCAGAUCCAACUGGGGUUGGACACUGGGCUGUGGGAUGACUUGCUGUUACUCACCGCGGUGUCUUUCGGUUUCUCCUUUUUGCUGCGUGCCUGUGAAUACCUGUCAAAGGAUGGUGUGGUCCACGAGGACAAGGUCCUCCGCAUGGAGCAUCUCCACAUCUUCCAGGCAGGUCACAAGUUGGGGUGGGAACAAAUUAUGGCAGCGGACGAGUUGGUCAUCCACAUCCCAGGCUCCAAAACAGACAUCUACAACGACGGUUACAAGCUCAAUAUCAAACUGCGAGCAGGUGACACGCCGUCUGACAUCAACCCGUUAUGCCUCCUUAGGCAGCUGUACACAAUGAACCCAGCCCGCUUCGGAGCCAACGGGUCCAAGCGGCCCGUGUUCUGCUUAGCCUGCGGUAGGGUCCUGGAGCGUAGCACAGUUAACACAGCGCUCAAAGCAGCGGCGGUGGCUCUGGGUCUGGACCCUGCUGAUCACGCCACCCAUUCGCUGCGGGCUGGAAUUAAUCCGAAACUGGGUUACAUUAUCGGAGAGCUACACGCAGCUAACGCACUAGGAGUCACAACACCUGAAACUCGCGAUGAUCUGCAAGAUCGCGAAAUCCCCAUAUUUUUCAGGAGCAUCGAACCCACAAGGUGGAAGAGGCGUACUCCUUUUUUUGGUCCCAUUAUUACUGCAGCAGAUGGAGGCUUCUCGCACGCGCAGCUGCUUCAUUAUACGCACAAGACGUUCCGUAGCUUCGGCCAUGUCUCGAUGGUAGCUUUCUCCGAUCCAAACGACCUUCGACUUCUUUGCGGGCGAAGACAUGACGCACGAAAAAAAAAAACGGCAACCCGCGCCCCAACCCUACCUCCACACUCUCGGAAAACACAAACGAGCACGCCAGAGGCAGCGAAAUCGCACGUUUGCAGCGACACGAAGACGCCGCGCGCGGGGCGCUGCGAGCAGCGCUGA